AUGCCGCCCAUGGUGAGACCAACACCUAAUCAGGCGAAGCUAGCUGCAAUAGCCGUUGAUUUGAACAUACGGCUGAGAUCGGCCGAUAUGCCCGGGGCAAUGCAAGAGCGGUCGUUUCGGUGCACCAGAGCAAUCCUUGACGCAAAUCUCGAGAAGAAGCCCAAUCCUACUCGUAUUGCCAUGUGCCUCAAGAAGGAGUUCGAUGAAGUGUAUGGGCCGGCAUGGCACUGCGUUGUGGGCCAGAGUUUUGGAUCAUUCGUUACUCACUCGAGUGGCGGAUUUGUGUAUUUCUCUGUGGACAAGCUCUCUUUUCUUCUCUUCAAGACAGAGGUCCGACCAGUCAGGAGUUCGCUUCCGCUUCCUCCUCGCCCUCCCCCUCCCCCUCCUCCUCCUCCUUCAUUUCCUCUUCUAUGGAAGCUUGACAUUAAUGCUUAG